UUAUAUUUGCAAAUUUCUAAACACGCUUUGUUGUUGCUAUUUGUGGUGCCAACGAAUUCUUUUAUUUGUGUUUAGAAAACAACAUUGAAAUAUCAUGGAAUUGGACGCUGAUAAACUUCAGGAGGCCAAAGCAGUUUUUCAAGAUUUUGACCGAGAUGGUAACGGGUAUAUUGAUGAGACAGAACUCGGGACAGCGUUACGAAGACUUCGUCUGAAUCCCACCCUGAAAGAAAUACGUUCGAUGAUCGACGAAGUGGAUAGUGACAAUAAUCAUAAAAUAGAUUUUAAUGAAUUUUUACGCUUCGUGAAAAUGACCUACAGAGACCCUGAGGAGAUGAGGUGUAACUUGAUGGAAGCGUUUAAAGUAUUUGAUAAAAAUGGUGACGGAUUUAUAACAUUACAGGAACUGACAUCAGCAAUGACUGAAAUGGGAGAGUGUCUCUCCGAACACGAGUUUAAAGAAAUGAUUCGAACCGCAGACCGCAAUGGAGAUGGAAAAAUUAAUUAUGAGGAAUAUGUUGCGGUGAUGUGCAUGAAUGCGGAUGGAAAGUGCCCAAAAUGACACCCGUGAACAAAAAUGUUGACACGAUCUUUUAUUUGGCAGCUGUUUAUGUGUUAUCUAUUGGUCGUCAAACAGAAUAUGACAGUCAUCAGUUAAUAUAUACAAACUUAAUUGGCAAUCUCUAAUAAAUACUAACGGCCACUAGAUAAGAUAUUCCUCUAUCUUGACAUCAUUAACUUUGUGUGUAUUUUCCGCACUUUGUGUAAGUUUUGACUUGCUCGUGUAAUUUUUGUUUAAAGGUCGUGCAGAAAAUAGUUUUGAACCAAUCGGCGUGCCAUAUCAUGGGGCUUCCAUAGCUUUUCUUUCAGCAGGUCAUAAAAAACUUGAAAAGAACGGAGUGAUGAAAGGAGUAAUACUAUCCAGCUUCAAUUUGAUAUCCACGUGUCUUAAAAAAUAAGUGUUUCUGUAGUGAAGGGCACUUUUUAAAUGCAAAAUGUAUAUAGAAAACUAUAUAUAAAUUAUGCCUCUAUUAGUUGACUUUUUGUUGGGUUUAUUUAAUUCAUUAUUUUUUAGUGUGGGGUGUUUAUAACUAGUAAUUCAAGAAGGUAAUCAUGAAGGCAAUCGCUUUCUAUAAGCUACUACUAGUAUUGUUUCUGAAUUCGAAACUGCUUAUAUAGAUAAAAGGUCACAUUUACAUUG